UAGAGCUGGGAAUGUAGCACAGCCACUCCUUAAUUUGUGAUUGGGCCGCCGGCAUGACGAACUUGUGCCGACUAUCUUACAAAUGCUAUCUCACCGCUUGAUACUCGGCUUCCACCCUUCGACAUUGCAGCGUCUUGGACCACAAUGCAACGAGAGCAGCCAGACACCGACGAGGAGGCGUCGCCUAUCGACUCGCCCCGGAUAAACUUGGGAGUGCUGGGCAGAUUAUUCCAACUGCAGCGGGGAACGCUAAGAACUAAUACGCAGCUGCUUCAGCUGCUUCAGAUUCAGAUGAAUGAAGAUGAUGAUGAUGACCCCGACGACGAUGACGAUGACUACGAACCAGCGGUUACCAACCAGGAGUCACGGUCCUGGCUCAAGCCUGCUACAGAGCCUCAGGAAGCCGGAGUGGAAUUGCUAAAUAGUGGAGAGUAUGGUCGUAUAGCCCCUAAGAUUCACGCCAGGAGAGGCGAGCGCAACCUUGUCAAGGUUAUCACCAAUCGGUUCACUGGUCGUCGGCCGACCUUAUUCAAGGAAGACCUAAUAACUAAUCUUGUCCCCAACUCAAAUGGCUCAGCGAUGGCAUCAUACAAUUCAAAUAUCUAUACGGCACAGUAUUCCACAGAUUCGUCGUUCUAUUAUACCUGUUCUCAAGACUUUCGGCUAUACAUAUACGACUCAUCGUCACCACCGUUCUCAACCGAGGACCGCCAGGCAGCACUUUCUGAUACCUCUGUUCAGACCACAAUGAAUAUCAGGCGCAGAAUUCGCGGGCACCCCGGCAGAUGGACAAUCACAGAUGCGAAUCUAUCUCCCGACAAUCAAAGGAUGAUUUACUCUUCGCUGACUUCUACUGUGUACAUGACUAGUACCAUCGAUGACACUCCCACACAAGUUCCCAUCCCUUUCGGGAGCACACGAACUCGGCGCCGCGAUUCAUGGAAUUACGAUGAGGAAUUCAAUAUCUACGCUUGUAGGUUUUCCGCAGAUGGGAAUGAAGUCAUUGCUGGAGGCAGCAACUUAAUCUCUGUAUAUGACCUGCUGGCCAAUCGUCGAAUUGUUCACAUAAAGGCCCACACCGAUGACGUCAAUAGUUGUUGCUGGGCAGAUACUGCGUCCGGAAAUGUUCUUGUCAGUGCAUCCGAUGACAGUUCCCUGAAAGUCUGGGAUCGACGGUCUUUAGGAGCGGCACCGAAACCUUCAGGUGUGCUCAUGGGGCACACUGAAGGAAUCACCUACGUGUCGGCCAAAGGAGAUGGAAGAUAUGUCAUAUCCAACGGGAAAGAUCAAGCAUUACGGUUAUGGGAUUUGCGCAAAAUGCGGAGUAGCCUCGACUAUGACAACGCUGGGCAUCGCACCUACGGUUUCCACUUUGACUACCGAUAUCCUCCAUAUCCCAAGCCGAAGCGUCAAGCGCAUCCCAUGGAUUGUAGCGUUAUGACCUACCGGGGGCAUAGCGUACUUAGAACGCUCAUCAGAUGCCAUUUUAGCCCUGCGGAGACUACAGGUUCUCAAUACAUCUAUUCCGGUUCAGCCGACGGCAACAUACAUAUAUGGUCACUCGAUGGCACUGUUGUACAAAUUCUUGACCGUAAUCAAACGCUGCCUAUCGGUCACGAUCCAUCAGCGCCCGAAAGGUUAAGUCCACCACGUCACACCAAUCGGCGUGUCUGCGUCCGCGAUGUCAGUUGGCAUUCACAGGAGCCUGUCAUGAUGAGCGCUGGAUGGGAUUCAGGACGUGGCGGUAGUAUCUUGGCGAGGCAUGAAUGGAAAGGAUUGUCCAAAAUGAGUGGGUCAUUGGAAGAUUGGGUAGCAAGAGAGGAAUCCGAGAGGCAUGCAAUGGAGAACGUCCGGCGAUCCUCUAGGCUUGCAACACAGCGGCGGAGAGAUUUCAGUCUAAUCCCGGGAGCGUACUUGGAUGGAGAUGAAUAUGACGAAGAUGAGUACUAUUAGUGCGCUCCUAUUUCAAAGCUGUAGUGGUAGUACAUAGUCGCACUGGAUUUAGCAUAUAUAUGUAGGAUGGAUCAGGAAGCGUACAGCCACCCUGUAGUUGCAUAGCCACAGG